AUGUCCCCGCGAGCCUCCAGCUCCUCGAGUGGAACAGGAACUGAAUCGGGAACGUCCCGCUUCACAUUCGUGACAGGGAGCAUCCAGUCGGAAGCGUGGAGCCAUGCGAUGAGAGAGUACUGGAAGCGACGACAACCAGGAGCUGAAAACGUUGAACCGGAAGAAGGAAUCGUCAUCGCUUCCUCUACGACCACGGGGAGCGAGUCCCUCGAACGAGGCGUUUACUAG